GCAGCUUGAGCUUGUGGCUGUGGUAGCUUGUUGUCUUGGCUCGUGGGGGCUCCUCCCCCGCGGUUAUAAGAGUCCAGCUGACCGGUACUGACCAUUCCUCCGGAGCCCCGCUCUCCCCCGCUCGGACUCCUCUGCACCAGGGGGCUUUAAAGAGGGUGUUUCUGUGACUGUGCAGCUCCGCACUGAUGGAGGUUUAGCAUCAGGAUUCUUUUUCUCUUCGUGGGACUUGAAACUUGGACUAAAAGUUACUGUGAACCGUCACCAUGGCGUUCGCCAUUAUGCGUCCAGUGGCCACGCACUUGAUCUACUCAGACUUCACCAUGACCUCUGAGGACGAGGACAAGUGCAGCGAAAGCGACGGCAGCUCUGAGCAGAGUUUCUGUGGGUCGGAGAAGCGCAGGAGAACGGGCCGUAAACAGGACGGAGACACUGCGGUCAUCAAACAGCGGAGCGCGGCCAACGCCAGAGAGCGCGGCCGGACCCAGAGCGUGAACACGGCCUUUACAGCUCUGCGGACUCUCAUCCCUACAGAGCCCGUGGACAGAAAACUCUCCAAGAUUGAGACCCUGCGGCUUGCGUCCAGCUACAUCUCACAUCUGGCCAAUGUGCUGCUGCGCGGAGACGGCGGCGCUGACGCACAGCCGUGCCUCGGAGCGCACGAGGGAGGGAACGGACCCAAGCCUCGGACCAUCUGCACUUUCUGCCUCAGUAACCAGAGGAAAGGGAUAAAGGACGGGAAAGACUGUUUAAAACUGCGAGGACUGGCCCCAUUGCGCGCGAGACGCUAAAAUCAUGGACAUGAACAACUGUAACUCCUCAGACUCUCAGGGAAGUCAAAGCUGGUCUUACACAACACUAGCGCACGUGGACACAUGCUGGAUACACUAUGGACACAAACUGAUAUUUAUACUUGACCGAAAAGUAGAUCAUAAAUGCAGUGCAUUUGCUUGAGUUUUGUCUUUUUGAAAAAGUUUUAAAUAAAGAUUUAUUUUAUCAAAAUAAAAA